ACAGACAGAUAAUCUUCCAUCCAUUGGUUCACUCUCCAAAUAGCCACUAUGAUGCGUGAGGCCAGGCUGAAGCCAGGAGCCAGGAACUUCCACUCCCAUGUGGGUGGCAAGGGCCCACGUACUUGCGCUAUCCUCCACUGCUUUCCCCAGGCAAGCUAGCAAGGAGCUGGAUUGGAAGUGGAGCAGCUGGGACUUGAACUGAUGUAGCGUUGCAGGUGACUUAACCAGGUAUACCAUGAUGCCAGUCCUAACAUUCACUUUUUAAACUACGCAAGUCAGUGAUUUAUAGAAUAUUUACAAGUUGUACAACCAUCACCACCAUCACAUUUUAGGACAUUUUUAACACCCUCAAAAGAAACUCUGCACCCAUUAAGAAUUGCUCUCAUUCCCUGGCAACCCUUAAUCUGCUAAGUUGACACUGUUUGGUGUGUGUAUUUGCACAAAUUCCUGAAUAAAAGGUCCAAAAGUGAUAGCCCUGUUAGCCACAGUCCACACCACUCCUUAUUGCCCCAGGCCUGACCCGCUCCCACUGUGUGACCCUAUGGGCCUGGGAACUGGCAGUCUUUUGCUUCCUCCAGCGGAUGGUGGGUUGUCAGCCACUCCAGACGCUGUUCUGACUGCAGUCCAGGUCCCGUGAGAGCUCACCUGACUUGCGCCAGGCUUCAGCUCUCUUUUCCCAAGUCUGCAUCUGUGGGGAAGGUCGGUGAACCAGCCUCCACGUCCUGGUCUGCGCCUGCCAGUGCUGCCCCACGCGAGGACUGGCAGACACUGGGAUGGGGGUGGGCCAGGACCUCACCGCCGUGCUGCCCACUUCCCUGCCCGCCACCUCCCCCUCCACAACAGCUUCUGCAUGCCACGCUCAUUUCGGCACUGUGUCGACAUGAGCCGGCUCAGUAUUUCAAACCGUUUAACCCGCUGCGAUGGAAGCCGUAGCAAUUAAAUUUUAAUUGAGAUGCACGCUGCUCAAGCAGACACAAGACAGCUACAGCUAUUGCUAAUUAAUUUUCUUCCGAAAUGACAACAUUUAAUAAUUAUGCUCCGUGACGCUCGUGUUAUUUACGUGCGUUGGUUGUGGUGGUGGUGUGUGCGCCCUCUGUGAGCUGUGAUGGCCUCACAGGCUGUGCCGGGAAGGUGGGACAAGAUGCCCCUCGAGACCUUAGAAGGAGCCUGGCUCCUGGCUCCCCUCACCACACACCCACCCCAUGCACUUCUCUGCACAAUUCUCAGGGCUGGUCACUGGGGGGCUUCCCCUCCCCUCCACGGCGUGAGAGCCCCUGGUUCGCUUAGCCAGGGAUUCGCUUAACAGAUCUGCCCUGAAGAGGCAGGAGAGCAAAGUGGUGGCGUGCCUGGGAGGUGGAGCAUCCUGCAGGCAUGGAUUUUCCGGGAGAACUUGGGGCCGGCCAUGUCUGCCUGCUCACCUGGGAGGCGGGAAAAGCAGGACCUCCCAUCUGGGGACUUCCUGAUUGCCCACCCCCAAACGCCCAGGACAUCACCCCUUUCCAACUCAGGUAUAGGUGAGCCCACCAGGGACCUCUGCCACCCCACAUAGGGCCAGGGAACAUGGCCCCAGCAUAGCAGGUGUCUCAGGAGAAAGACAAGGGGCCCAGAACUGGACACGAGGCAUGCCCACUGCCGUCAGAUGGUUCCAGCAAUGGGGCUCCAGUUUCUGCAGCAUCUCCAUGUCCUAUUGCCACAGAGACUGUCCUGGACCAGUGCCCUGGGUUCUAGAAACUUGUCUGACCCUCUCAACAGCAGGGCUCCCCCCGCCCUCGACCCUGCCUGAGCCUUAGGCUGCAGGCUGCCUCCGCUGCCCACCGAGCUCCCUGGAAGGACGCAGCCUGGGAAUCUGAAAGGGCUGGAUUCCAAGGUUGCCAGUGCCUCAUACAAGUUGCGUCCCCCAACCUCUCUGGGCCUCAGUUUUCCCCAUCUGGAAAGUGGGAAUAAUGUAGCCUGCAGGGGGAAGAUGGAAUACGUCCACGUGGACCCGAGGGAGGAGCAACUGGGAGCCAAGGUGCAUUUCAUGGUACACGUAGGCCUGUGCAUUAACAGGAAGUUGGGAUGGAGAGUGGAACUGGGGCUCUAAGCUGAGGUCCCAAGCAUCUGCUUAAACCCCGCGCCAAACACUCACCCCCGCAAUGAGCUCAGGAUGGAAGGCGGGGUUGUGUGCGUGGGAAAGGGAGAGGCAGGAAGCCCAGACCCAGGCCUUGUCCCUCGGCUCCGACUCCAGUGCAGCCGGGUCCUCCGUGAGGUCCAGAGGAAAUGGCAGAGACAUAGAAAGGGCAGCGGAGGCCUGGGGCUGAGCCGGGCUGGAAGCGUCCUGACAGUUAUUCUCUCCCCAGGGACCGAAGGGUCGCACCCAGGACGAUGAGCGGCUGAGAUGGAGGCGCCCGCCCCUGCCACUGGCCCGGAGAAGAAGGAAGCCAAAGGAGGGACCCUAGAGGCCAGCGGUCUCGCCGACCUCGGCACAAAGACUUCUCCACUGGCGGUGGCCGCGGCCGUUGCCGCCCACGGAGUGCCGCAGCACCUCUUGCCGCCGUUCCCCGCGCCCUUGCCGGUUGACAUGCGCCACCAGGAGGGACGGUACCAUUACGAGCCUCACUCUGUGCACGGCGUGCACGGGCCUCCCACCCUGAGCGGCAGCCCCGUCAUCUCCGACAUCUCCUUAAUCCGGCUUUCCCCGCACCCCGCCGGGCCCGGGGAGUCCCCCUUCAGCGCCCCGCACGCGUACAUGAACCCCCACGUGGAGCACUACCUCCGUUCCGUGCACAGCAGCCCCACACUGUCCAUGAUCUCUGCAGCCAGGGGCCUCAGCCCUGCUGACGUGGCCCACGAGCACCUGAAAGAGAGGGGACUUUUUGGCCUCCCUGCCCCAGGCACCAACCCCUCUGACUAUUACCAUCAGAUGACCCUCAUGGCUGGCCACCCUGCGCCCUACGGGGACCUGCUCACGCAGGGCGGGGCUGCCGCUGGCACACCCCAUCUCCACGACUACCUCAACCCAGUGGAAGUGUCUCGCUUCUCCAGUCCACGGGUGACUCCCCGCCUGAGCCGCAAGCGGGCGCUGUCCAUCUCCCCGCUCUCAGAUGCCAGCCUGGACCUGCAGCGGAUGAUCCGGACCUCGCCCAACUCGCUGGUGGCCUACAUCAACAACUCCCGCAGCAGCUCAGCGGCCAGUGGCUCCUAUGGGCACCUAUCGGCUGGCACACUCAGCCCAGCCUUCACCUUCCCCCACCCCAUCAACCCGGUGGCCUACCAGCAGAUCCUGAGCCAGCAGCGGGGCCUGGGCUCGGCCUUUGGACACACGCCCCCCCUGAUCCAGCCCUCGCCCACCUUCCUGGCCCAGCAGCCCCUGGCCCUCACCUCCAUCAGCACCACUCCAUCCCAGCUGAACAGCAGCAACUGUCUGAGCGAGAGCAGCCAGAACAAGCAGAGCAGCGAGUCCGCCGUGAGCAGCACUGUCAACCCCAUCACCAUCCACAAGCGCAGCAAAGUCAAGGCUGAGGUCGACGGCCUGCGGCCGGCCUCCCCACUGGUGCUGACACAGGAGCAGCUGGCCGACCUCAAGGAAGACCUGGACAGGGAUGACUGUAAGCAGGAGGCCGAGGUGGUCAUCUACGAGACCAACUGCCACUGGGAAGACUGCACCAAGGAGUACGACACCCAGGAGCAGCUGGUGCACCACAUUAACAAUGAGCACAUCCACGGGGAGAAGAAGGAGUUCGUGUGCCGCUGGCAGGCCUGCACGCGGGAGCAGAAGCCCUUCAAGGCGCAGUAUAUGCUGGUGGUGCACAUGCGGCGGCACACGGGCGAGAAGCCGCACAAGUGCACGUUCGAAGGCUGCUCCAAGGCCUACUCGCGCCUGGAGAACCUAAAGACGCACCUGCGGUCCCACACUGGGGAGAAGCCGUACGUGUGCGAACACGAGGGCUGCAACAAGGCCUUCUCCAACGCCUCGGACCGUGCCAAGCACCAGAACCGCACCCACUCCAACGAGAAACCCUACAUCUGCAAGAUCCCAGGCUGCACCAAGCGAUACACGGACCCCAGCUCUCUGCGUAAGCACGUGAAAACGGUCCAUGGCCCUGACGCUCACGUCACCAAGAAGCAGCGCAAUGAGGGCCACCUCCGUGCCCCGCUGCUCAAGGAGAAUGGGGACGGCGAGGGCUGCAGCGAGCCUGGCGGCCGGGGGCCCGAGGAGAGCACCGAGGCCAGGAGCGGCGGCCAGGCCGUGGAGGACUGCCUGCAUGUCAGAGCCAUCAAGAGCGAGGGCUCCGGGCUGUGUCAGUGCAGCCCCGGGGCCCAGUCGUCCUGCAGCAGCGAGCCCUCCCCGCUGGGCAGUGCCCCCAACAACAACGACAGCGGCGUGGAGAUGCCGGGGCCGGGGCCCGGGAGCCUGGGAGACCUGACAGCGCUGGAUGACGUGUCCCCGGGGGCCGAUGCCUCGGCCCUGGCUGCCCCCUCUGCUGGUGGCCUGCAGCUGCGCAAACACAUGACUGCCAUGCACCGCUUCGAGCAGCUCAAGAAGGAGAAGCUCAAGUCGCUCAAGGAUUCCUGCUCCUGGGCCGGGCCUGCUCCACACACCCGGACCACCAAGCUGCCUCCCCUCCCCGGAAGUGGCUCCCUCCUGGAAAACUUCGGUGGCGGUGGCGGCGGGGGCGGGGGCCCGGCGGGGCUGCUGCCAAACCCUCGGCUGUCCGAGCUGUCGGCCCCCGAGGUGACCAUGCUGAACCAGCUGCAGGAGCGCCGCGACAGCUCCACCAGCACAGUCAGCUCGGCCUACACCGUGAGCCGCCGCUCCUCCGGCAUCUCCCCCUACUUCUCCAGUCGCCGCUCCAGCGAGGCCUCGCCGCUGGGCGCCGGCCGCCCGCACCACGCCGCCAGCUCCGCGGACUCCUACGAUCCCAUCUCCACCGACGCGUCGCGGCGCUCCAGCGAGGCCAGCCAGUGCAGCGGGGCGGGCUCGGGGCUGCUCAACCUCACGCCUGCGCAGCAGUACAGCCUGCGCGCCAAGUACGCCGCGGCCACCGGAGGGCCGCCGCCCACACCACUGCCGGGCCUGGAGCGGAUGAGCCUGCGGACGAGGCUGGCCCUGCUGGACGGCCCGGAACGCACGCUGCCCGCUGCCACCUGUCCCCGCCUGCUGGGGCCGCGGCGUGGCAGCGACGGGCCGGCCUAUGGCCACAGCCAGGGGCACAUGGGGGCUGCGCCCGCCUUCCCCCACGAGGUGCCCGGCGCCGCCACCCGCAGAGCCAGCGACCCAGUGCGUCGGCCGGACGCCCUGGCCCUGCCACGGGUGCAGCGCUUCCACAGCGCCCACAACGUGAACCCUGGCGCCCUGCCGCCCUGUGCUGAGCGCCGAGGCCUGCGCCUGGCAAGCCACCCGAACGCCGACGGCAGCCUGGCUCCCAGCGGCGCCUACCCGCCGCGGCCGCCCAGUAUCAGUGAGAACGUGGUGAUGGAGGCCGUGGCCGCUGGGGUGGAUGGCGGCGCAGCGCCCGAGUCCGACCUGGGGCUGCCGGAGGACCUGGUGCUGCCCGAUGACGUGGUGCAGUACAUCAAGGCGCACACAAGGGGCUCCCUGGAGGAGAGCCCCAGGCAGGUGUACCCCACCGAAAGCCCCGGCUUCUCCGAAAACCCCAAGCAGCCCAGCCCGGGGCUGCACGGCCAACGCAGGCUGGCGGCUGCAGACUCAAAUGUGGGUCCCUCGGCGCCUUUGUUGGAAGGCUGCCAGGUGGGCUACGGGGCAGCCUCCAGCCUGAGCAAGAACAACAUGCCCGUGCAGUGGAAUGAGGUGAGCUCCGGCACCGUGGAUGCCCUGGCCAGCCAGGCCAAGCCUCCUCCCUUCCCUCAGAAUAACCUGGCCGUGGUACAGCAGAAGCCGGCGUUUGGCCAGUACCCAGGCUACAGUCCACAAGGCCUCCAGCAGAGCCCCGGGGGCCUGGACAGCAGCCAGCCACCCCUCCAGCACCGUGGCGGAGUGCCUGCUGCAGCCAGGGUGAGCUACGUGCAGCAACUGCGACAGCCAGCCGCUGGUGGCCCGUGUCCCGGCCUGACCUCGACCAUGAGCCCCCACGCCGGCUACAGCCAGGCCCACCCCCAGCUGAGCCCCGGUACCGUCAGUGGGGUCCUGAACCCGUUCCCCUCAUCCUGCAGCAACAUGGCCACCAAGCCAGGCCCCCUGGGGCUCCCUCAGCAGAUGGAAGUCACCCCAGGGCCUGCCAUGAUGGGCGGCCACCACAGGGAACUCGGGGUCCCCAACUCAUCCCUGGCCGGGAUGCCACCCUCUCACCCAGCCCAGGGCUACCCACAGCAGAGCCAUCACCUGGGAGCCCCUGGGAGCCAGGAGGGCUACCGCCAGGGCCCCAGCCUCCUGCCUUCCCACCAGCCUGGGUUCCUGGAGUCCCAGCAGGGCACGAUGGGAGCAGGUGCAGCAAGCUUUGGCCUCAUGCAGCCCCGGCCACCCCCAGAGCCCAGCCCUGCCGGCCGCCACCGUGGAGUGCGCGCUGGACAGCAGCAGCAGUUGGCCUAUGCCAGGGCCGCAGGCCAGACCCUGGCUGCCGUGCCAGCUAGCCAGGAAGCAGCAGGGGCUGUGCCAAAGGGAGCGAUGGGUGCUGUGGUGCCACUGCCUCCCCAGCCACCUCCGCAGGAUGCAGGCGGGGCUCAGGACCACAGCCUGCUCUACUACUAUGGCCAGAUCCACAUGUAUGAACAGAACGGAAGCCUGGAGGGCCACGCAGGCAGCGCGGGCCUGCAGCCCCAGCCCGCACAGCCGCAGGCCUGCCCGGACAGUGUGCAGCCCCAGUCCCUGCCUUCGCCGGGGGUCAACCAGGUGUCCAGCACCGUGGACUCGCAGCUCCUGGAGGCCCAACAGAUCGACUUCGAUGCCAUCAUGGACGACGGCGAUCACUCGAGCUUGUUCUCGGGGCCUCUGAGCCCCAGCCUGCUCCACAGCCUCUCCCAGAGCUCGUCCCGCCUCACCACGCCCCGCAGCUCCCUGACCUUGCCCUCCGUGCCCGCGGGCUUCAGCAACAUGGCCGUGGGAGACAUGAGCUCCAUGCUCACCAGCUUGGCCGAGGAGAGCAAGUUCCUGAACAUGAUGACGUAAGGCCAGGCCUCCCGCCCCUGACCGUGGCUGGCCAGAGUGGAGUUUCAGAUGAUCCCACCUCCUUUUUAUUUUUUUCCAAAAAAAGUAUUAAAUUGGCCUGAGGGAUGUCCGCCAGGGACUGGGGCGGACGGCACACAGAAGGUUUACAGGCGUUCUCCUGGGUCUUAAGGACGAUUAUUUUUUUAGAACACUAAAAAAAAGUCUCAACACGCAAGGAAGGAAUGAAAACCUCGGUUUCGCUGGUGUUUAUGGGCCCACUGUCCUGGCAUGUUCGCCUCUGUCAUUUGGCUAAUGAGGGGUUUCCGAGCUCAAGGGCUUUCCCCGGUGCCUGUGGGAAGCAGAAGGAGCCAGAUCGGGGUUUGAGUCAAGGCGAUCCUGGAAAUUCUGCUCCCGGGAGACGGCGUUUCUCCCCACCCCCACCCCCACCUGCAAGGAAAGCGAACUCCCGGGCCACAUGCAUGCUUCCGGGGGGCUUGGAUCUAGAGGCCUCUGCUUCCCCUGCCACCGAAGCGCAGUGUGCACUCUGCCUGCCCUGUGAUGCCGGGUUUAGGUGUAGCGCUAGCCACUGUUGUAUCCUGUAACACUGAGUUCGGGGCCCACAGAUUGCCCCAGUGUGCGUGAGUGGGUGACAUGCGUUAAUACAGCCAGGAAAAGGGACCAAGAGCACCCUGUACUCUGCGGGACAAGCCCGGCAGCUGCCCAGGGCCUCCCCACACCGUGUUUACAGCCUUCCUGCAUGUGGAAUGUAGCCCCUCCUGGUAAGAAGUACCUCGGGACUGCCGGAGCUGCUGCGGGCCAGGAGCGGACCAGCCCGGAGGGCUGCCUGUAGGAAGAGGGAGUCGCAUGUUUACCCCAUCGUCGUCGUCGUGUUUCUUCCAGCGUGCUAGCUAUCUGCCCACUUUGCCAUGGGACGUGCCACAGCCUGGCUCCUCCUCCACCCGCGUUCUUCCAGGCCAAGCCACAAGUGCAGUCCCUGUGUCUUCUGGCCUCCUUUGCCUCUGCCCUCCCCUGGUCAGUGAGCAGAGAAUGAUGGCAUGCAUGGUGUUUUGGAUGGGGUGGGAGGGUGAAGGUUUUAACUCUUGGGACUCUGAGGGACUGGCCCCGAAGGUUCUUGUUCAGUGUGACCAAGCCCCACCCAGAAACGGACUUUGGAAGUGGCUUCAGAAGACAUCACUCCUGGACAGGACAUAGGAUGAGUUGAUAUGUGUUCCCCUCUCCACACACACACACACACACACACACACACACACCACCUCCUCCUGAGUUCACGGCAACCAGGCCAGACGCACUGCGCCGCCCUGAGCUUGAUCCCGACCGUGACCCUGACUUCAGUGAGCACGUCUUAAUAGAGUCUGCCAACAGGGAGGGCCAGAAGCGUGUGAUCUGGCACACCCAAGUCCUCGUUGAGGUCCAGGCACGAGGCCACUCCCAGGGGGCGGCCCUGAGACAGCGCCAGGGGGCCCGAGGCUCUGGGCUGGUGUCCAUCGCUUGCCAAGCUAGGAUUGUGGCCGCCCCUCCCCACCUGAAUAUCCCCUGUACAGCAGCCGUGGUCCCUGAAUAUACUGCAGGCGAAUCAGCCGCCGGAUUUCUAUCUCCAGAACAUUUGUAGCUUUUUCUACAUGCUAUGAACUGAGAUGACAUGCUCAACUUGUAAAUACGUCUUUUUGUACAUUAAAAAAGUAAUUUUUUCAUAA